UGCUUUAAGUCUCCCAAACCCUCUCCUGCGCAGGCUCAGCUGCUUCUCUUCGUCACCAUAGCGGCUAGAGUUCAUCCAAAAUGAAGUUCAAUAUCGCGAAUCCAACCACUGGGUGCCAGAAGAAGGUCGACAUCGAUGACGAUCAGAAGCUUCGAGCAUUUUUUGACAAGAGGAUUUCACAGGAGGUUAGCGGAGAUGCUCUGGGUGAUGAAUUCAAGGGCUAUGUUUUCAAGAUCAUGGGAGGUUGUGACAAGCAAGGAUUUCCAAUGAAGCAGGGAGUUCUGACUCCUGGUCGUGUUCGUCUUCUGCUUCAUAGAGGUACCCCAUGCUUCCGUGGAUAUGGAAGACGCAAUGGAGAGCGCAGGAGGAAGUCUGUUCGUGGAUGCAUUGUUAGCCCUGACCUCUCUGUUUUGAACCUGGUUAUAGUGAAGAAGGGUGAGAAUGAUCUCCCUGGGCUUACUGACACUGAAAAGCCAAGGAUGAGAGGUCCAAAGAGAGCUUCCAAGAUUAGGAAGCUCUUUAACCUCUCCAAAGAGGAUGAUGUCAGGAAAUAUGUCAACACUUACAGGAGAACUUUCACAACAAAAUCUGGCAAGAAGGUUAGUAAAGCUCCCAAGAUUCAGAGGCUGGUUACUCCACUGACUCUCCAGAGGAAGCGUGCUAGAAUUGCAGAUAAGAAAAAAAGAAUUGCUAAGGCCAAGUCGGAGGCAGCUGAGUACCAGAAACUACUUGCCACAAGGUUGAAGGAGCAACGGGAGAAGCGUAGUGAGAGCUUGGCAAAGAGGAGAUCAAGGCUCUCUUCUGCUGCCUCCAAGCCUUCUACUGCAGCAUAGAUUGGUUCAAGAGUUUUGGUGAACAAUGGAUCUUGCUAAGACUCAGUUUUUGUGGUUUUUUCAUAUUAAUGCAGGCGUUUUGCCAUAGAUGUGAUGUUCUGUUUUAAGAUACUUAGACACGUGGUAUGUUAAGAGUAAGAGUUUGCUGCCCUCUGCAUGUGCUUUCUUGUCUUGACCAAUCAUUUCUGAUUUGCUAUAUUGUGUAACAGACAAAGGUACAAACAUGUCGCCUUUUAAGAACCAUUAUACUCUAUUCACCAUUCUUCGCACCUUAUGAAAUUUAUCCAAUGCAUUGGUGCAACAUGUUGCAUGAC